UUUGGGAACUACGGAAAAAUCUGUCGGACCUAUCGCACCACAGUUUAAAGCAUCUUCUCAGAUUUCAGUCGUAACAUGAGAGCCUUCCAGAUAUGUGCUCUUAUAUUCGCUGUCUUAGCCCAGUGCAUGGGUGACUUGGACGAAACUGGCCAGGCUUUACGAGCAUCCGUGUACAAAUGCGCUACCGGCUACGGCUUGUCAAGAGAGACCGCUCGAUACAUCGUAAGCCACAACUUCACACUGCCGAAUGAGAAAGAUGAGAACCAAAGGUGCUUCAUACAGUGCUUUUUUCAAGAAAUGGGAGACAUCAACUCUGAUGGCGUAUUUGAUGUGGACCAUGCUACGGAAUCAGCAGAAAAGUGGUUACAGGUGCAGGGACGCACAAAGAAUAACUUGAAAGAGGCAAUGGCGGAAUGUGCGAAGAUAGCUGGCACGGGAACGUGUAUGACAAACUACCUCAUCCUUAAAUGUGCAGUGAAAGUUGCUGAAUGACACUGAUAAUUUUCAAAUAAAUACAAAGCAUGUUGAUGCGCCCCAAUACAGAACGAACUGUUCCCGCCUGUUCGUAAAAUUCGAAUUUUGUGUAGAAAGAAGUCAAUAAAGAACUGAAAA